CUAUGGCCGUGGUCCGUGGACAAACAAAGUGACCAAACGCAAGUUACGCAACCAGUGAUUCCACAGUCCGUGCAAUCUUUGUUCAAAUUCGCGAAAAUCUUCACCAGUCUUGGGCUAGUGCUAGGGCUUGCUUUCUUAGCAAAAAAGCUUGGUAUUCAAUCAAUGGCGACGAGUCAGCAGCAGCAAGCGAGCGCGAGCAGAAGAGCGGAGAAGAGAAAGCCGGUGUUCGUGAAGGUGGAUCAGCUAAAGCCAGGGACGAGCGGUCACACGCUGAUCGCCAAGGUCUUGACCUCCAACACUGUCUUGCAGAAGGGCCGCGCGGCCUCUCAGCACCUCCGCCACACCCGCAUCGCUGAGUGCCUCAUCGGCGACGAAACAGCUACCAUCCUCUUCACCGCUCGCAACGAUCAAGUUGACUUGAUGAAGCCAGAAGCCACUGUAAUUCUUCGUAACGCAAAGAUUGACAUGUUUAAGGGGUCUAUGAGGCUAGCUGUUGACAAAUGGGGCCGCAUUGAGGUUACUGAACCUGCUAACUUCAUAGUUAAAGAGGAUAACAAUCUCUCCUUGGUUGAAUAUGAGUUGGUGAAUGUAAUCGAAGAGUGAUUGUUGUGAAGUCAAGUAAACCCUAUGAUACUAAAAGAAGCCUGGUGAUUUCUUACCCAUUUUCAUGUCGCAUUGGAGGUACAUUUUCUUUGUGACAGUUGGGUUUGGUAUACAAGUCUCACUCAAAUCAGAGUGUUUAAAUGUAUUUAACAACUAUUAGGGUUAGUAUAACGAUAUUCAAACAGUUGGAUGUGUAGCUGGGUUUGGAAUACAUGUCUCACCCAAAUCAAGAGUGUUAUUACAACAGUUGGUGUGUAAAAAAGAGCAUUCGCCUGCUUAACUUGGAAUUGUAAGUUAUUUGAUGAUAAUAGUAAACUCCUACCGUGUCUUCAAAAUCA